AUGAUGUAUCUGACCAAUUCGGCGAAACCGACCAACAGUGCUUCCGCUCGCGAUUCUCAGAUUGAAGAGAGAACUUGGCAGGCACUGGUGGCGUACCGCUCGAAGGUCCUAACGCGGGAGCUCGGGGGGAAAGGAAAGGAACUCGACACUGCCGAAGACUAUCUCGUGCGAGCCUGGGAAAUUCUCGAGAGCCGGCAAGGGAGAAACGACCCUGACGUGGGAGCAGCCUGCAUUUCGCUUGGAAACCUUGCGGUAAUUCGCCGCAGGUUGAACGAGGCUAUCGACUGGUUCCGAAGGGCUCUGGAAACCUUCGAGGUGAAGAGGUUACGUCCGCAAAGCCCAUUUGCGGAACCUGUAACCCAUUGA